AUGUCGUCACUGCUUAAAUUACAUUGUAUUAGACCAUUGCCGCAAAGGUCGGUCUGGCUCUCUGGCUACAAGCAGAAAGCCAGAUGUAUUCACAGUUCCGCUGCAAACGGGGACUUUAUGUCAUGGUUCAAGAGGAAGAAGCAAGAAGAGCACCAAGAGCCUGUCAAGGACACCAAACAGUUGAUAAAGGAUAUUGAAGAAGGCACUAACGAGGCUUCCUCUCAAUCCUCUUCCAAUAACAAAAACAGAUUGGAGCUAAUACCAGAAAAUUUUAUUGGCGAAGGGUCUAGACGGUGUAAGAGACAGAAGGAGUUGAAGCUUGCGGUCUCCUCUGCGCCAUUCAAUCAGUGGUUAUCCAGGGAUAAGAUUACGUCUGAUAAUCAGUUAGAUGAUAUGAUAUUGCAGGCAACGGAAAAAACAUUGGGCAAAGUAGACCAGGACGUCCAAUUCUCUGAUUUGGUAGCUAAAUUUCAGUUCACCAAAUUUUUGCAAUCUAAAUCUGGCUAUCUAAUUCCUGAUUAUGAACUGACCACUUUAAGCACACCCUUGCAGUUUAAAAGGUAUAUUAAGGAAAAAAUUUUGCCAUCUGCCAACGAUCCUAAACUCGCUUAUAAAGAAGCUGAGCCAAAUGCUAUCCACCCAUUUUCUGAUAAUUACGCGUCACCAAACAUAUAUGUUGUUAACGAUGUUACUUCUAAAGAGCAAAAAAGUAAAUAUGAUACUAUUAUGAAAGAAAUUCAAAAGUUAGAGGAUGAUGCAACAAGAAAAGCUUUGGAAACAGCAAGAUCCGCUUAG